AAAAUGUCUUGUACAGAAAGGCUGAAUAUGUACCCAAAGCUGAACAUUUCUGUGUCAGCCACUGCAGACAUCUGGAUCCCCGAAUUACUGACAGUGUAGCCCAUUUUUGCUGCCGGAAGGCAACUUCAUUUCCACCACGAUUCCAGUAUGGUUUACAGUGGAAACAAAGGGCUGCAUAGAGAAGAUACUUUAGAUGAAUAUUUUGAAUAUGAAGCUGAGGAAUUCCUUGUCAACUUGGCCUUGCUGAUUACUGAAGGGAGAACACCAGAAUAUUCUGUCAAGGGAAGAACCGAAGGCCUCCACUGCCCUCCAGCGCAGUCAAGUCAACCAACCAGAACUAAACAUGAAUGCAGUGACAAACUGGGCCAGUGUCGUCAAGCUAGACGCACUCGGUCUGAAGUUACGUUGCUGUGGAAGAAUAAUAUUCCUAUCAUGAUCGAAGUGAUGCUACUUCCAGACUGUUGCUAUAGCGAUGAAGGACCCACCACAGAAGGGAGUGACUUAAAUGAUCCAGCCAUCAAGCAAGAUGCACUGUUACUCGAAAGAUGGAUUUUGGAGCCAGUUCCACGACAAAGCGGCGAUCGAUUUAUCGAAGAGAAGACCCUCUUGUUGGCUGUCCGUUCUUUUGUGUUCUUUUCCCAGUUAAGUGCUUGGCUGAGUGUCUCCCAUGGAGCAGUCCCUCGUAAUAUCCUCUACCGAAUAAGUGCUGCACAUGUGGAUCUCCAGUGGACAUUUUCCCAGACACCAACGGAACAUUUUUUCCCCGUUCCCAACGUUUCUCACAACGUGGCCUUGAAAGUCAGCGUCCAGUCUUUGCCGAGACAAUCGAACUAUCCAGUCUUGACUUGCAGUAUUCACACCAACCUUGGUUUCUAUGAGAAGAGAAUAGAGGAGCAUAAUGAACGCCAGCACUGCGAUCCCAUCAAGGCAGAGCAAGGCACUGUCCCCAAUGCACAGCGAGCUUGUAGCAAACUGAUGCGGACUGAAAGUGGGCUUGGAGUGAAAAAAGGCCCAGAGUUUAGCACAGCUGUCAGAAACCUGAAAUUUUAUCCAUCGACCGGACUUUUAUCUGACUUCGGAGCAUCAGAGCCCAAAGUUCAGUGUUUUACAGCUGCUGCUGACAAUAGGAAGCUGCAACAAGAACCAUCAGAGAGAGCUUCAAAACCGCUCUGCUUAGCUGAUUCCUAUGUCCCUAAUGGCUACACUACCCGCCAGUCACUGGGUGAAUCUAUUCCUUUAAUAGGCUCUCUGCUCCAAGAGCGGCAUGAAGUUAUAGCAAGAAUUGCCCAACAUCUGAUUCACUGUGACCCGGCAACAUCCCCAGUUAUGGGGCGGCCCUUUGGCACGCAUGAAACAGGCAUGGUAAACCCAAAGGUUUUGCGCAGCGCACAGGAAGAAGAGAACCCGGUGAAAAAGGGAAGGGAAACAUCCUCUGUUUCAGCUACUGUUGCCGCAGAUCUGACUUCGUUUGAAAAUGGCAGUAUUAGGAAAGCUCAAACAAUACCAGAAACACCAUUGCCCAGUUCCUAUAUCCCAAUGAACCAUUGCUCCCGCCAAACCGUAGAAGAAACGAACCCUCUCAUCAGCUCUUUACUUCAAGAACGGCAAGAGGUUAUAGCAAGGAUUGCUCAGCAUUUGAUUCACUGUGAUCCAUCAAUGUCACACACUGUUCAUCCUGUGUUUCAUGUUCAAGAAAUGAGUUCAGUUAAUCCAAAGGCUUUUCACCGUCCAUGUGAAGAGGAGAAACCACUGAAGAAAGGCAAAGAAGCCUCUUUAGAGAUGUCAAGGUGUACUUUAACAGAAGACAACCAAAAGACAAAAGGUAAAAUGCCAGCAACCCUUUGUAGUUCACUUAGAUCUGAUGAUGAACUGAAUGUAUCUCCAAACUCUCAAAUUAGAAGAAAACUGAUGCUAGCAGAGCCCAGUGAAGUAGUCCAAAAUGCAUUUCAGCAGCCUCCUACUAAUAGAAAUAAAAGUCCAUUAACUUCCCUCAACCAAUUGUCUAACAAAGAAGAAUAUAAAUCAGAAUUGGCAGAUAAAUUGGAAUCUGUCCUUUCUGGUUAUCUCCAAAAAUCUCAAGUGGCAAAGAAAGCUAUUGCCAAGCAGUAUUCACAUUUCAACGGUAGCGCUGAACAGAUUUGUACAAGUAAAUGUAAGAACAGAACAAACACUAGUCAAAAUAGCAACCUGAACUGUUUAAACAAUCCACAGUUGCAUCAGUCCAAUACGCUUGAAAACAUGAAAGUGACUGUAAUGCAGGCAUCUGAUAGUUUGCACAGAAGUGAGCAUAAGUGCUUCAAUAAAGGCUCCAAACAACAACAUACUAUUGAGCAAAAUUCCCAACUGGCUAGUAUUGAAAACUGUUUACAUAAAGACCUUGAAGGUUUCAAAUGCAAAACUAAACAAGACAGGGUGAAAAACACCAAUGAUGAGAACGAAGACCCAACAGAUUAUGAAGUCCAAAAAUGUUCUCUGAAGAAGCCUGCUGAGGACUGCUUGGUGGCUUUGUUUGAACAAAAGAAGAAUGCAGAGGUGUCGAGGACAGUAUCACUCAAACAUAUGUGGCACAAGAACAGUAUUCACCAUUUAGAUGGUACUUCUACGAAAGCCUUCCAUCCUCGAACUGGAUUGCCUCUACUUUCGAGUCCUGUUCCAGAAAGAAAAACACGAUCUGGAUGCUUUGAUCUAGAUACAUCACUAUUGCAUCUGAAAUGCUUCUCUAAAAGUCCACAACAUUGUCUGAGCAAAGAGCGUGAUCCAGAUGUCCAUGAGAAGCCAUUUCUGAGUUCAAGCGCACCACCAGUAACAAGUCUUAGUCUUCUAGGAAACUUUGAGGAAUCUGUUCUGAAUUAUCGCUUAGAUCCCCUGGGCAUCGUAGACGGCUUCACAGCCGAAGUGGGAGCAAGUGGGGUGUUUUGUCCAACGCACAUGACUCUACCAGUCGAGGUUUCCUUCUACAGUGUUUCUGAUGACAACGCACCCUCUCCCUAUAUGGGUGUCAUUGCUUUAGAGUCCCUUGGAAAAAGGGGUUAUCGGGUGCCCCCAUCAGGAACAAUACAAGUGACCUUAUUCAACCCUAACAAGACUGUGGUGAAGAUGUUUGUGGUGAUUUACGACCUGCGAGAGAUGCCUGCCAAUCACCAGACAUUCCUGCGGCAAAGAACCUUUUCUGUCCCUGUGAAACGAGAAACCAAGAGAAGCAUCAAUAAAGAGAACACGCGACACGUGGAAGAAAGGCUACUACGCUACCUCAUUCACCUGAGGUUCCAGAGUUCUAAGUCUGGAAAGAUCUACCUCUACAGAGACGUAAGGCUCCUGUUUUCUCGGAAAUCCAUGGAAGUCGACAGCGGCGCUGCAUACGAACUUAAAUCUUACACAGAAUCGCCAACAAACCCCCAGUUUUCGCCCCGAUGCUAGCGAGAGGCAACCAUGAAAACUAUUUGCUCAACUAUCUAAGGCAAACAAUUGGCAUAAUAAAGCAUACUGGGUGCAAGUUAACUAGCAAAGAAAGUGGGAUGAUGGUCACACUGGGAGUCAAGGCUCUUCUGGACUCUUGGACCAGUUCUUAAACACGCUUCUGGAAUGAGCUUCGUGUAUUCCAAGUAGACUGGAACGUACUUAGUCCUAAUCUUUUUUUAUACUGGUUUUAAACCACUUCAUUGGAUGUGUUGCAAUAGCAGAUUCCCAGAUUAGCUUAGUGUUUACACCUUAUUUUAUUUUUUUGGUUAUUUAAUAUUUAAUGUUUAUUUUACUUAAGUGAUAUUUGUCUUUACUGUUCUAAUGUAGCACAAAUCCUAUGUAAAAUCAUACUACGUAUUUUUGACAUUAAUAUUGAAAUCUGAAAUAUAUACAGAAAGUCUUUACUUUGCUGUGUGACGUGUUUUUAAGAUACUUAUUGCUGCUUUAAAAUUAGGAUGGGAUUCUGAACGGCAUCCAUUGCAUUAUCAUACUAUGCAAAGCAUGUAAGAGGAGGGUGGGUUGUGUCAUUAUUCUCCUUCAUAUUACUCAUUUCUUUCCCAUGGUAACACAUAAACCCGUGCUGCAGAGAUAUUUCACUUCUCAUUGAACUCAUUGAUCCAACCCAUAAUUUGUACCCCUUGCCCUUUAAAAAAAACCCUCCUCAAAGCAUUUCACUUUGUCCUAAUGGUCCGUACCAAAACUUUACGAAACAUCACUAUCCCAUUCCUGACUUUCUCAGAACUGUGUUUUCUUUUUUUAAAAGGAUGUACUGUGAAAACAAAGUAGUAUUUAUAUCUUAAAUAUAUGUGAAAACAGCAA